AUGGUUAACUUCACGCCUCUCUUCGCCGCCGCUCUCUUCACCGGCCUGGCUGCCGCCCGCCCCGCGGACAGCGCUAUUAACGAGCCCGCCGUCUCCGCACCGGACGGUACCCCGAUCACUGCAGUUUUGACUAGCACGGCCUCUGUCCAGAGCGCCACCGUUGAAGCUUCUUCUUCCAUUGAGACAACAUCGGUUGUUACAUCUGCUGCGGAGGCUUCUGCUACUGUCUCUGCUGCCUCGUACGGCAGCAGCUGGGAUUCGCAGUCCGGUUCAUCGUCCUCGUCCAGCUAUGGCUCUGCUCCCCCAAGCUACGGUUCAGGUAGCUCCAACUGGGGUAACUCGGGUUACAACGACUGUGUCAACCAGUGCAUCGCUUCCUUCGGUGCCCCCGCCUACAAGUACCAGCCCACCGCUACCAGUGGUAACGCUGGCAGCACCGGCACCGGUGCUACCCACACUGUCAUCGUCGCACCAUCCCAGGGCGUUCUUCGUUACAUCCCCUUCGCCUUGAACGCGUCCGUCGGCGACACUGUCAAGUUCAUGUGGGGUGCCAAUAACCACACCGUCACGAAGGGAACACAACUCACACCGUGCAACAAGUCUGCUGACCCUCUUACCUUCGCCUCGGGCCUCCAAGUCAAGGACUUCGUUUUCACCCAAGUUAUCAACGACACGAACCCCCUCUACUUCUACUGCGCUGCUCCUACCCAUUGCCAGAAGGGCAUGUUCGGUAUCAUCGCACUCAACAACCCCACAUCUGUCAGCGGCAUGAUGCAAAGCAUGGUUUCCAACAGUUCCGACAUGGCCGCCAUGGCUGCUUACUCGAACUCCAAGUGCGAAGGUACCAAGGCUUCUACUUGGGGUGGCAGCAUCAACCUCAAGGACAUGCCCGACUGGUCUCGCCCGCUCGUUGCUGAGAACGUCAUGUACAUGCGUACCGUCUUGGCCGCCAACCCCGACCUCAUGAACGAAGACGGCUCCAUCAACUCUGCUGCUGCUGGCGCCAACCCCAUGAUGAUCCCCCAGGACAUCCGUGCUGCCCUCAACAACGCUGCCACACCGGAGCCAGCUGCAUCUGUUGCCCCCGCAGCAUCCUCGCCAGUCAGCUCGCCAGCCCCCGCAACCUCCUCUGAGGCAGCCAAGAGCGGAGCCAUCUCCGUCUCAUCACCGAGCUUCCUCGUUGGUGCUGUCGUCGCUGUCGCUACUUUCUUUGCUUUGUAA